CUACAGAAUUGGAUUGUAAAACAACAACAAAGACCAAAGCUAUUAACGUUGAGCUCAAAUCGACAAAAAGAAACGAGUGAAGCUCAAUAGAAGUCAUACCCAAUUGAAAAAAUGGAGGGCUACAAACUUUAUUUAGCUGCUGUAUCGGUACAAGUAUUCCAUUCUAUCAUGCACAUAGUUUCCAAGGCUGCAAUUGAUGAUGGUUUCAAGACAUAUAUACUCGUCUUCUACAGACAAGCCAUUGCAACAGUCUUCUUAGCUCCCAUAACUAUCUUUCUUGAGUGGAAAAGUGCACCACCUCUGACGGUAAUGACAUUUGUCAAGAUGUGUAUACUUUCUCUCCUUGGGUUCACAUUGACCUGGAAUCUCAAUAAUAUGGCUCUUAGGUACACAUCUGCCCCGUUAGCUGCAGCAAUCAAUAAUACAAUUCCAGUCAGUACUUUCUUCCUCGCAGUUCUAUUCAGAAUGGAAAAUUUCAAUUUGAAGACUGUCCCUGGGAUUUCAAAAUUUGCCGGAAUAGCACUAUGCUUAGGAGGAUCUGCAACUAUUGCCUUCUAUCAUGGUGCCCCUUAUCUGAAACUAUUGGUUCAUCAUCACCUGUUGAAAAUUCACAGCCCACAAAAUACGGGUCAUGCUCCUUCUAGCACCACAUGGGUCAAGGGUGUACUUCUAAUGUUUCUUGCCUACAUAUUAUGGAGUUCCUGGCUUGUAUUGCAGGGCUGCCUAUCGAAAAGCUAUCCUUCGACACUUAUUAGCAUAAAUCUUCAAAACUUCUUCGGCGGAAUUUUCUCGUUUAUUAUUGCCAUCUAUUUGGAAAGAGAUUUUGAUGAAUGGAAGCUUGGAUGGAAUGUUAGACUUCUAUCUGCUGCUUACUGUGGAAUCAUGGUCAAUGGUGUUGGAUUUAACUUGAUAGCUUGGGUUCUUAGGAAGAAAGGGCCCUUAUUUCAAGCCAUCUGGGUUCCACUUGUGCUGCUAUUCACAACUUGUUUUUCAGCUGUCUUUCUCGGGGAGAUAAUUAGCUUAGGAAGUGUUGUGGGAGCAGUAUUGCUGGUUAUGGGGUUGCACUGUGUACUAUGGGGCAAGAUUAAAGAGCAAAGCAAAGAAACGGAGAAUUGCUCUUCAACUGUCCACCUCGCACAAAUAUCACAGACUGCACCAAAGGAUGAAAUACAAGUGGGGAGCACUCCAAAGCACUCAUUAGCUCAAAAUGCUUGCUCCUAUGUUUGAGUGCAAGGCUUGUUUAUCCGGUGCGCACUAUCGAGUAGCAGUUAUGGUUCGCUUGUCAAAAAAAAAAAAAAGAUUGUGAAACUGUUUGUUGUUAGAUACUUAGGCACAGAGAGCAGGAUUUUGGUUUAGAUUUACAAAUGGUAGGCAAUAAAUUUAGUACAUCGAGUACUCAUUAGUUAGUCUAUCCAAAAUACCUGACAAUAGUGACAUCAAGCACUCACUAGUUACUCCAUUCUAUGACGAUCAUCCCAUUGUGAUCAAUCCCAAAUACUUGACGGUGGUGA